AUGCGGCUGCUGUUGGCCCUGUUGGGGGUCCUGCUGGGGGCACCUGGGGCUCCAGCUUUGUCCCUUGAGGCCUCUGAGGAAGCGGAGCUGGAGCCCUGCCUGGCCCCCAGCCCAGAGCAGCAAGAGCAGGAGCUGACUGUGGCGCUUGGGCAGCCUGUGCGGUUAUGCUGUGGGUGGGCUGAGCGCAGUGGCCACUGGUACAAGGAGGGCAGUCGCCUGGCACCUGCUGGCCGGGUACGAGGCUGGAGAGGCCGCUUGGAGAUCGCCAGCUUCCUACCCGAAGACGCUGGCCGAUACCUGUGCCUGACACGAGGCUCCAUGCUUGUCCUACACAAUGUCACCUUGGGUGUGGAUGACUCCAUGACCUCCAGCAAUGGUGAUGAGGACCCCAAGACCCACAGAGGCCCCUCAAAUGAGCACAUUUACCCCCAGCAAGCACCCUACUGGACACACCCCCAGCGCAUGGAGAAGAAACUGCAUGCAGUGCCUGCCGGGAACACCAUCAAGUUCCGCUGUCCAGCUGCAGGCAACCCCAUGCCCACCAUCCGCUGGCUCAAGGAUGGACAGGACUUCCAUGGGGAGCAUCGCAUUGGAGGCAUUCGGCUGCGCCACCAGCACUGGAGCCUGGUGAUGGAAAGCGUGGUGCCCUCGGACCGUGGCACAUACACCUGCCUUGUGGAGAACUCUUUGGGCAGCAUCCGCUACAGCUAUCUGCUGGACGUGCUGGAGCGGUCCCCGCACCGGCCCAUCCUGCAGGCGGGGCUCCCAGCCAACACCACAGCUGUGGUGGGCAGCGACGUGGAGCUGCUCUGCAAGGUGUACAGCGACGCCCAGCCCCACAUCCAGUGGCUGAAGCACAUUGUCAUCAACGGCAGCAGCUUCGGUGCUGAUGGCUUCCCCUAUGUGCAAGUCUUAAAGACAGCAGACAUCAAUAGCUCGGAGGUGGAGGUCCUAUACCUUCGGAAUGUGUCUGCUGAGGAUGCAGGCGAGUACACCUGCCUGGCGGGCAACUCCAUCGGCCUUUCCUACCAGUCAGCCUGGCUCACGGUGCUGACAGAGGAGGAUCUCAUGUGGUCGGCAACAGCGCCUGAGGCCAGGUACACGGACAUCAUCCUGUACACAUCAGGCUCUCUGGCUUUGAUGGUGCUCCUGCUUCUGGCCGGGCUGUAUCGCAGGCAGGUGCUCCUCGGCCGGCACCCCCGGCAGCCUGCCACUGUGCAGAAAUUGUCCCGCUUCCCUCUGGCCCGACAGUUCUCCCUGGAGUCAGGCUCCUCAGCCAAGUCAAGCUCGUCCCUGGUGCGGGGUGUCCGUCUCUCCUCCAGCGGCCCCCCCUUGCUUGCGGGCCUCGUGAAUCUAGACCUACCUCUCGACCCACUGUGGGAGUUCCCCCGGGACAGGCUGGUCCUGGGAAAGCCCCUGGGCGAGGGCUGCUUCGGGCAGGUGGUAUGUGCAGAGGCCUUUGGUAUGGACCCCAUCCAGCCUGACCAAGCCAGCACUGUGGCUGUCAAGAUGCUUAAGGACAAUGCCUCCGACAAGGAUUUGGCAGACCUGGUCUCUGAGAUGGAGGUGAUGAAGCUGAUUGGCCGACACAAGAACAUUAUCAACCUGCUGGGUGUCUGCACCCAGGAAGGGCCCCUGUACGUGAUUGUGGAGUGUGCCGCCAAAGGAAACCUGCGGGAGUUCCUGCGGGCCCGCCGCCCCCCAGGCCCUGACCUCAGCCCUGACGGGCCUCGGAGCAGUGAGGGGCCACUCUCCUUCCCUGCGCUGGUCUCCUGCGCCUACCAGGUGGCCCGGGGCAUGCAGUACCUGGAGUCGCGGAAGUGCAUCCACCGGGAUCUGGCUGCCCGCAAUGUGCUGGUGACCGAGGACAAUGUGAUGAAGAUCGCUGACUUUGGGCUGGCCCGUGGCAUCCACCACAUUGACUACUACAAGAAAACUAGCAACGGCCGCCUGCCUGUCAAGUGGAUGGCACCUGAGGCCUUGUUUGACAGAGUCUACACACACCAGAGUGACGUGUGGUCAUUUGGGAUUCUGCUGUGGGAGAUCUUUACCCUCGGGGGCUCCCCAUACCCUGGCAUCCCAGUGGAGGAGCUGUUCUCGCUGCUACGAGAGGGGCAUCGGAUGGACCGGCCCCCACACUGCCCCCCAGAGCUGUACGGGCUGAUGCGUGAGUGCUGGCACGCAGCACCCUCUCAGAGGCCCACUUUCAAGCAGCUGGUGGAGGCACUGGACAAGGUCCUGCUGGCCGUCUCUGAGGAGUACCUCGACCUCCGCCUAACCUUUGGACCCUACUCCCCUGCUGGCGGGGACGCCAGCAGCACCUGCUCCUCCAGCGACUCUGUUUUCAGCCACGACUCCCUGCCCCUGGGGCCCAGCCCCUUCUUCCCUGGGGUGCAGACAUGA